AUAACGAAGUUGUAAAGUUUAACCAUAGACAUAACAAACAAUUCAAUUUUAACCAAAUUUAAAUUAAUUUUGUUUCAGGUAAAUUAUACUACGAAAGGGACUAGAGAAAUACACACGGCUUAAAGUACAUACUAUUAGUGUACAUCUAAGAUAUACAAUUCUGUUUUAAGCUGGCAAAGAAUACACUUUUGAGAGAAUAAAAGAUUAACAGAUAAUUUAAGGAGAUUUUCCAUUAUUAUUAUCUAAUAAAUUUAAACAUUUGUAGAAUUAUUAUUAUUGUCAAAGAUACAUUUUUUAGUUUUAUUUAAAUGUUCUAAAAUAUUGCAUUGGUUAAAAUAAUGAAAUACUUAACAAGUAUUUCAAUUUAUUCCCAUUCAAAUAUAACAUUUAGUUUAUUAAAACGAUUAUUGUCAACUAAUAAUAAAGAUGGUAAUCUAAAUUUAAAAAGUGAAGUACCAAUUGUCAAAGGAUUACCAAUUGUUGGCACUGCAUUUUCUAUUUUGGCUGCUGGAGGUGGAAAAAAGCUACACGAGUAUAUUGGUAAACGACAUCAGGAAUACGGACCAGUAUUCAGAGAAAAACUUGGCCCCAUUGAUGCAAUAUGGGUUAGUGAUCCAGCAGAUAUGAAAUUAUUAUUUGCACAAGAAGGAAAACAUGCUAGGCAUAUUUUGCCUGAAGCUUGGCUAUUAUACAAUGAAACAUAUGGCCAGCAACGAGGACUUUAUUUCAUGGAUGGAGAAGAAUGGUGGACUUAUAGAAAAUUUCUCAAUAAAAUGAUGUUGGUAGAUAGUAAUAAAUGCUUUAUAGAGUCAACUACAAUAAUAUUGCAAGAUGUACUAAAUAAAUGGAAAAUGUUUAAUGGUCUGCUUAUUGAAAAUUUAGAAACAGAUCUCUAUAGAAUUUCAAUAUCUUUUAUGGUUUCAUAUUUAGUUGGUGGUGUUUUUGAAAAAUGUAAAGAAGAGGUAUCGAAUGACAUUAAUAAGUUAGCUUAUAGUGUGCAACAAAUAUUUCAAAGUAGUGUUAAAUUUACAAUUAUUCCUGCCAAAACUGCUAAAUUACUAAAACUAGGCAUUUGGUAUGACUUUGUAAAAGCAGUUGAUGAAUCAAUUAAUAAUGCAAAUCAAUUGGUGUCGAAAUUAAUGGAAUAUAAAGGUGAUGGGUUAUUAAAGUCUAUGUCAACUAUUCAGGAUGUAUCUGAUAAUAUGAUUAAACGGCUUGUAAUUGAUUUCAUACUUGCAGCUGGAGAUACAACUGCUUAUUCAACUCAAUGGGCCCUUUAUACAUUAGGAUUGUAUCCAGAAAUCCAAGAAAAUCUUAGAAAAAGUUUAUAUACAACAUGUUUUUGGGAAAACGAGUUAUUAAAUAACAUAUUGAAAGAAGUAUUAAGAUUAUAUCCUUUAGCACCAUUUCUUACAAGAAUUUUGCCAUAUAACACGGUUUUAACAAACCAUAUAAUACCAGCAAAUAGUCUUGUAAUAAUGUCAAUGUUCUCAAGCAGUAGAAAUGAAAGUUAUUUUAAAAAUCCAAAUCAAUUUAACCCUGAUCGUUGGAAACGUUUUGAAAGAAACAAAUAUUGUGGAGUUUACGAACCAUUUGCAACAUUACCCUAUGGGUUUGGACCUAGGUCUUGUAUUGGCCAAAAACUAGCACACAUACAGAUGUGUUCAACUAUAUCAGAGUGCAUUAAAGGAUUCAAAAUACAGACAAUAGAGCCAGUAAACAUCGUUUUAGAUCUAAUAACAGUUCCUGAUUCUAAUAUAAAAAUUAAAAUACAUAAGAUACAAUAAAAUCAUCAAGUUCACUGUACUACUGUGUACAAUAUCUUUUAAAUCGUACAUUUAUUUUUAAAAUAUUAAAUAGUUCAUUACAACUUAAAAAACAGGUAAAAUAAAUAAUAAAAUUACUUUUUUGUAUUUUGGGGUAUAUUUUAGUAUUAAAAUAGGGAAUCUAUUAA